GAAAGAACAUGUCAAACUCCGUUCUAUGCAUACGCACUGCGGUCGCAUGUGCUUUUUUUGACUAACCGCGCGGCGUUGUUGAAUAAGUUAUCUAAUUUCUGGUCAAAAAGGUGAAUUUUCUCCCGUUUUAUCAGAUAAUAAGGAAAGGUGACAAUUUACAACGACGUGAAACCAGGCUUAAACUACUAUAAUGGGUAAACCAGAUUUCUCUCCUCGCGGUAGAGGUGGAGGUCGUGGUGGUGGCGGAGGCCGAGGUGGUCGAGGAGGCGGUAGUGGCCGUGGUGGGUUUGGUGGUCGAGGAGGAGGUGGUGGACGUGGAGGUUUUGGUGGACGCGGUGGCGGAGGCCGAGGUGGUCCCGGUGGACGAGGUCGUGGCGGCGGAGGUGGUCGCGGCGGUGGUGCUAAAGGCGGUGGAUUCAAGGGAGGAAAAACCGUAGUAAUUGAGCCACAUCGUCACGAGGGAGUGUUCAUUGCCCGUGGAAAGGAGGAUGCGCUGGUCACGUUGAAUCUUGUCCCUGGAUCAGAAGUUUACGGCGAAAAAAGGAUAUCGGUUGAGACAAAUGGAGAGAAAAAUGAAUACAGAGUCUGGAAUCCUUUUCGAUCUAAGCUGGCAGCUGCAGUGCUUGGUGGGGUAGACAAAAUUCACAUGCCCCCAGGUUCAAAAGUGCUUUACUUGGGUGCUGCCUCAGGUACCACCGUAUCACAUGUCUCGGAUAUUGUUGGUCCGGAAGGCUUGGUCUAUGCCGUAGAAUUUUCUCAUCGUUCGGGUCGUGAUUUGAUUAAUGUAGCAAAGAAACGAACCAACAUCAUCCCCAUCAUUGAAGACGCUCGUCACCCGCACAAAUAUCGAAUGCUUGUGGGUCUCGUGGAUACCGUCUUCGCUGACGUUGCCCAACCAGAUCAGGCUCGUAUUGUAGCACUGAAUUCACAUCAAUUCCUACGAAAUGGAGGACAUUUUGUAAUUUCGAUUAAAGCAUCCUGUAUUGAUUCCACAGCCGUUCCAGAAGCGGUUUUUGCUGCCGAAGUUAAAAAGUUACAAGCUGAAAAACUCAAGCCUCAGGAACAGAUUACACUGGAACCUUACGAACGUGAUCAUGCUGUAGUGGUGGGAGUAUAUAGACCGCCACCGAAAAGUGCGUCAUGAAAAAUUAUUGCCGUAGCGCGUAACUUUUAUUUUGCUUAUAAAGUUUACGUUUAACAUUUCUAAUGUUGACUACAGACCGUUUCUUCUGAAUAGAUAUAUUCACCAAGGAAUAUUUUUCGUGAAAGAAUUGCAACAAGAUAGAAAUAAUUAUAAAACCAGAUUUAAUGUGACAUAUACAAGGAAAUAAAAAUAAAACUAUUUCA